AUGUAUUCCUCGGUCCCCAGUCCACCACCACCACCACCACAGUGGACCCAAGGGUCUGUUCCGAAUCUCGAGAGGAUCACGUCGGCAGCCUCUCCGUCCCCUGCCGCGCCAAUUUCGCCCACCGGUCGGACUGGCCGACUGAGGGGUCUGAGCUAUCUACGAAGUUAUACCCAGAAUCAUAUCUUAUCGCGGGAUAGUCAUCACAGCCAAAAUCACUCGCACCCUCCAAACCAAAGCAGCAGCAGCAGCGGCAGCAGCAGCAACUACGCCACCCCUCCGCAGCACCCAACACCACUGGGUCGAUCGACGAGCUAUCCGGCCUCGACAUCAAUGUCCAGGGAUUCUGCGGGCUCGCCAACUCCGGCUCCGGCUCCGACUCCGACUGCUGCUGCUGCACCACCUCAACAACAGGCUGUCAGCUCGUCUACCCCUAGUGCGCAACGCAUGCCCUCUGACAUCCCCUUUGCGCGAUUGAGCAAUUCCGACAGUCCUCUAGGAAGCACCAGUGGCUGGCUGCCAACCGUGGGAGGACAGAGUGCCGUAUCACGCAUUGCUACAGAACCACAAUCGACUGCUACCGGCUCAUCAUCUGCUGUUUUGUCUGGAAGUAACCCGUCGGGCCUGGCUUCCGACCUCACGGCCUCGAUGGCUCGCACACGCACCGCAGACUUCUCAGGGAGCCCUACAUAUACCCCGGCAGAAAAUGGAGGAGAACAGGUGGAGCUUCCUUUGGCAACAGAUGCGAAUGAAAAUGCGAGAGGCAUGGCACACCAACUGCCCUCCAUACGCUUCUCAGCCCAUCAGGACCCCCGAGCACAGCGACCAUCACUGUUGUUCAGCCCGAUGGCCCGCAUACUACCCACUGGCAAGGAGACAAUCAAGGUUGGCCGAUAUUCCGAGCGAGACAGCCACCCUACGCAAGCAGCGAAUGUCCCUUCAUCUGCCCCUGUCGGAUUCAAGUCAAAGGUAGUCAGCAGAAGACACUGUGAAUUCUGGUGCUCUGGAGGACGCUGGUUUAUCAAGGAUGUCAAGAGCUCGUCUGGCACAUUUUUAAAUCACAUCCGACUCAGCUCUCCAGGUAAUGAGUCGAAACCAUUUCCAGUAAAUGACGGAGAUAUCGUACAACUAGGAAUUGACUUCAAAGGGGGUGAGGAAAUGAUUUUCAGAUGUGUGAAGAUCAGGGUAGAAUUGAACAAAGGGUGGCAGAAUGGACCAAGCAGCUUCAACGUGCAAGCACACAAGCGUCUAAGAGAGCUCAAUAACGCCCCAAGAUCAACUGCAGGUGGAUCCUCUCAGGACUGCUCCAUUUGCCUGGGGCCAAUUGCUCCCUGCCAAUCCCUCUUCGUUGCCCCGUGCUCCCACACCUGGCACUACAAAUGUAUCCGGGUGAUAAUCAACGGUCCCAUGUGGCCACACUUCACCUGUCCCAACUGCAGAGACGUUUCAGACCUCGAAGCCGAACUUGACGAUCCCUCUGCGAACGCGGAUUGGGACGCUAUAGAAGCCGGAGAUGCGGAUGCAACAUCUGAACUUCCACCACCUGUCGAACCCGCCCCAGCAGUACAGGAACCCUCCAACCGUCUAGCUAUGCUUUCUGAGGAUACAGGUAUUCUAGUCGAGGCGGAAGACCACUCCGAGCCCGACCGCAGCAGCCACAGCGACGUUGAUGUCGCAGAAGUCAGUGACUCUUCCGGUGCCGACCAGGUAGUGCAUAGAGGAGUCGAGGGAAUGGGUUAUCUCAAUAUUGAGGAGUCUCCCUCCCCGUCCCAAGACUCGGACCCGGACCAUGCUGUAUCCAACGCUACCGUCCCUCCAGUCAACAUUGCAAGGAAGGCAGCUGGAAAUAACGGACACGAGCGGUCGCGUCUCCGCUCAGUACGUACACCGAGUCCCACCUCUGGCCCCGGGGCGGAGGGCCCAAUGACCCCGCGGAAUGAUAUCGGCCCGUUCGUGUUUGACGGGAGUGCUGGACGAUCGGCCGGUGGGAGAGUGGCGGAGCCGGCGAAUGUGGGCGGGGUGACUAACACUCCUCCGCCUGCUUGA